CUGUCAUUCUUGUUCUGCUCUUGUAUUUGUGGAAAAUUGAUAGAAAUUUUUUUCUGAAAAAUAUUGUUUUAAAUAUUUGCAUUUAGUCAAAAUAAGAAGAAAUAGAAGAACUUAAAAUAGAAAUACACAAUUGUAACAGAAGGUUGUUUAUGAACUUGAUAUUUUGUAUGAACACGAGCAACGUCGUACUACUGGCAUAGGAAGUAAGGGGUUAAAGUCGCAAAAAAUUUGUUUUUAACAAUGGUGGACGCAGCACGUCAAAUGCUGGACGAGCUGAUGGGUCGUAAUAGAAAUUUACAUCCAUCGGAAGCGCCGCGUAAAGUUAGUUGGGAUGAUCCGGACUUCUGUCAGUAUUAUAUAGUGAAAUUUUGUCCACAUGAUCUCUUCAUUAAUACUCGUGCAGAUUUGGGACCAUGCACCCAAAUACAUGACGACGAAGCAAAACGCUUGUAUGAAGAAGCACGUCCAUCACCUCGUAAGCGUUCUUACGAAGAUGAGUUUUUGCGGUUUUGUAACAACAUGUUAAAUGAUGUCGAUCGUAAAAUCCAAAAAGGCAAGCAGCGUCUGCAAUUAAUGCACCGAGAUCAGCCCACACCUUCUAUACCACUUUCAAAGUACCAGGAACAGUUGAACAAUAUGAACGCACGUAUUAAAAAAUUGCUCUCCGAAGCCGAGGAGGCCGGCAUACGAGGUGAUGUUGAUCAGGCCAAGGAUCUAAUGGCACUUUGCGAGCAAUUAAAAGACGAGAAAGAGGCGCUAGUUGCGCAACACGAGCAACAACAGCAAAUACACCAUCAGACAAAUGGUUUAUUGAAAGAAAGCUUGACUACGCCACCGCCAGAGAGUAAUACGGACAAAUCAGAUGGUGAAAAAUCGCCAAGAAGUGAAGAUGGCGGGAGCGGCAGCGACAAGAAAGUUCUGCCUUGGUUGCAGGAUCUGGGUACAUUGCCUGAGAAGCAAAUGGAAGUAUGUGAAAUCUGCGGAGCCUUUCUGAUAGUUGGCGACGCUCAGCAGCGUAUUGAAGACCAUCUAAUGGGAAAACAACAUUUGGGUUAUUCGCGAUUGCGUAAAGCCGUAGAGGAAAUACACGAACGUAGACAAAAGGAUCGCGAGGAAGAGGAGCGAAAGAGGCGCGAGGAACGUGAACAACGCAGCGCACAGCGCAGCACUUACAGCCACCAUAACGAGCGUAGACGUGAGCACCAUGAUCAUCGUGAACGUGACCGUGACCGUGAGCGCGAGCGUGAGUAUCGCGGACGUUCACGUGAGCACAGCAGCCGACGUUCGGCCGACAAACAUCGACACCAUCACAAAGCAUCACAUCGCAGACGUUCCCACUCGCGCAGCAACCAUCGACGCAACAGCAGGGAUCGUCAUAGUCGCAGCCGUAGCCGCAGCCGCAGUCGGUAUUAAUUACACGCAUUUGUACGUGGCGGAUCGAGGUACUCUCCCCAAAAACAAAUUUAAUAAACUCUAAAAAUCUAGCCCAAUAAAUAAAAUGAAUAAUCUCAAGUCGAAAAUCAAGGGGAAAAGUUGUUGCAUUGGCUGAAACCCACAACACUCGUUGGCUAAUUCACUUCGACUGUACUCUGGCUUCUUAUGCUCGCGGCAUAAUGACCGCAAAAAUUGCCGUAGGUCCUGUAUCUGUCAUAAUGUAGUCUUUGUUCCGCUGCCAGCGUUAUUUCGAGCGUGAGUAAAAACACACGUAAACGCAUACGUUUGAGAACGAGUAACUGAAUGUCCUCCAGUACCCAGUUCAGUUGCGCCUACAAGACCAAUCCCCUUCAAACAAACUCGAUACUCGAUAACAAGUCAACAUGUGAAGAUUACCAUACCAAUGAUAUUUGUAGAUUUUAAGUGACCCGCGUACGCCCUCAUAUUCGUACGCCAGUUCGCUACCACUUCGUACGCUCAGUAAACUGCGCACACAUUCACCCACACCGAGGUAAUUGUUUUAAACAAAAAAUCAAAUUUUGCAAAUUGCGUCUUAAUUCUUAUUUAGUAGGAGAAAAAAGAUUUUGUGUGUUGAGAAGUUAUAAAAUAAAAUGGUGGAAGUGAAGGGAUUGAAGUUGAUGUGUGAUUUAUAGUGGAAAACUCAAUUUUUUCAUACCCGCUUUACAAAGGUAACAAAAUAAUUUAUGAUCCUACGGUUAACUUAUGUUUUUCUCGUAUAAUUUUAAAUAAAUAGUCGUUAAGUUAUAAAAACUACAAAAUUAUUCAUCAAAAAAUAAUAC